UCAGUCGAUACCGCGCGCGAGAGGGGACGCGCGUUCGCGGCAAAAUAACUCAUCGCACAAAUAUCGGUUAAACACUCAACAUGCCCAACAUUAUCAACGAGGUUAAAUUAGACUUUAAGGAUGUACUCCUCAGGCCUAAGCGGAGCACACUCAGAAGCAGGAACGAUGUGGAUCUCCACCGGGAGAUCACGUUCCGGAAUUCCGGACAGACGUACCGGGGAGUCCCGGUCAUGGCCAGCAACAUGGACACCGUCGGGACUUUUGAAAUGGCGAGGGAAUUGUCAAAGCACGGCCUCUUCACAUGUAUACACAAAUAUUACUCGAUAGAUGACUGGAAGAAAUUUGCAGAAGAACACAACGAAUGCUUGGAACACAUGGCCGCCAGCUCGGGCACUGCAGAAGCGGACUACAUCCGACUCACCGAAAUCCUGGACACAAUAAAAGACCUCAAAUUCGUCUGUCUGGACGUCGCCAACGGAUAUUCGCAACAUUUCGUCGAGUAUGUGAGGAAAGUGCGAGCGGCGUACCCGAAACACACCAUUAUUGCCGGCAAUGUAGUAACUGGAGAGAUGGUAGAAGAAUUAAUUUUAUCCGGAGCUGAUAUCAUUAAGGUAGGCAUCGGUCCCGGGUCAGUGUGCACCACCCGCAUCAAAACUGGCGUGGGCUACCCGCAACUCUCCGCCGUUAUAGAAUGUGCCGAUGCCGCGCAUGGCCUCAAAGGACACAUCAUUUCAGACGGCGGCUGCACCUGCCCCGGCGACGUGGCCAAGGCCUUCGGCGCGGGCGCCGACUUCGUAAUGGCGGGCGGAAUGUUCGCCGGCCACGACCAGUGUGGGGGGGAAGUUGUGACCAAGCCUGAUGGGACAAAAGUGAAACUGUUCUACGGCAUGGCUUCUGCGACUGCUAUGGAGAAACAUUCGGGGGGCGUGGCGGACUAUAGGUCCUCUGAAGGUAAGACCGUAGAAGUAUCAUACCGAGGAGACGUCGGCGCCACCGUGAAGGACAUCCUCGGCGGGCUGCGCUCGGCGUGCACAUACGUCGGCGCCGCGAAACUACGCGAACUGUCGCGCCGCGCCACCUUCAUACGCUGCAGCCGGCAGGUCAACGACACCUUUUCGUAAUUCAUGGGACCUUAAUACUACUCGAUCCUUGCCAACUAUCUGUUUUUUUCACCGUCAACGGUGACAAAUGUCCAAAAACGAGAAAAAAACGCCGCCACUGACUGUGACGCUGUUCGUAACUGAUUGCCAUUUGGUUAUGACAUGGGACUAGAAAAUUUUCUCCGCAAAAUUGGCAAGGGCAUAGAUAAUUUUAAUUUUAAACUUAAUAAGUUAAAUAUGUUACUUCUUUGUACAUGUGGUAAUUUUUUUAAUUAAAGCUAAGCUGCGCUAAGCUUUUAGCUUAGCUUGGCCAAUUUUAUAUGUGGCUUUCCAUUAUAGAAGGGUCCUUAUGCUUUUAGCUUAUCUGAAAUUUCAACAGAAAUUCUGAUAGAAAGGUCCUUAUUGCACCCUUCUCUGAUGGAAAGCCACUUAUAGCCAGCCUAGUUCUGAUAGAAAACCAAUCUAAUUCCUGUAUCACACAAUUGCAAACACAAGUACAUUAAAUAUAUAUCUGAUUAUAAGUACUUCGUUAUAAUUUGCUUAAAUAUAAAUGCAAACAGUAUUUUAAAUUUAAUUGUGUAGUUACAGCUGCAUGUCUUGAUUUUUCAUACAAAAUAAACUCUUAUUUACUUACUCUUUAUCUGUACGUGUUUGGAAAAGGUCUGUUGUUCCGGUUGUUUUUUUAGUUUCGUAGUUAAGUAUUUUUUACUGUUCCACUGGUGCUAAUACUUGAAUUUAUUUGAGCGGCUUUACCCAACAGUGGGACUUGAGCUAGGGUAAAUAUUUUUUAUUUUUUAUUUAUUGAUAAUGGGAAACAAACAGUGAAAGAUGACACAUAUAGAUAAUUACACUUAAAUACAUACAUAAGCCAAAACAGUUUCCACUACUGAAAUUAGAUAAUUAUGGUUGCUCAGACAAGACUUGUUUGUACAAUUCAAUUAAACUAUCUCUUAAUAUAAAGUGCCAAUGUAAAGGGUUCUAUUCGUGAGGAGUUGACGGGCGGAAACAAUUGGUACAAGUUAAGCAUCUAUCAUUUAAUUCUAAUUUUUAUCUAAGCUAAAGAGGGUGAAACAGUACAUUCAGCGUGACAGUUACCACGGGAUACAAUUCUUAAAUAAUAAUGAUAGAAAAAACUUAAUAAGAAAGAAUCAUAAUCCACUGGAAUGCAAGGAAAAUGUACGCAAGCUAACCUUGCUAAAAAAACACAUUAAAAGUAAAAUUAAAAACAAAAUAAAAUACUAAAUAAAAGAAAAAAAAAACAAAACAAAAAUAAAAUAAUAUGACAGUAAAGAAACAAAAAAUAAUAAAACAAAGUUUCAAUCUGUGCGGUUGGGAUCCAAACUCGGAACCUCCUGCGGCUCAAGUCAACGCUUGAACCACAAACUCGGAACUUCGGAACCUGCUGCUUAUAUCUCAACCGCUUGGACCACUUGGCCAGAAGUGCUACACAGACUGUGGCGAACAAUCAAUGAGUAUUUGCGGUGACGGGAGUAAUCGGGAAACAUAGUAUAUCGGGGGUAAUCUUACUAUAACUAUAAAAUAGGAAUCCACAUGACGCAUGGUGUAUUUGUUUAAACUUUAUUGCCCAAAAUAUAUACAACAAUGAUCAAAUGGCGGACUUACUUAAUGCCAAAUGGCAUUCUCUACCAGUUAACCAUAGGGUCAACCAGCGACACACACCUACAAUUGGUGCGAAGAGAUUGGAGAUUUGAAUAGAAUGGCACUGGAAAAUUUGAUCUGAAAUAUUGGGGGGACAUCUUACACAGAUCCAUCUAGCCUCAAACUAAGCAAAGCUUGUACUAUGGGUGCUAAGCGACGAUAUACAUACUAAUAUAGAUAAAUACAUGCUUAUAUACAUAGAAAACACCCAUGACUCAAGAACAAAUAUCUGUGCAUGAGCACACAAAUAAAUGCCCUUUCCGGGAUUCGAGCCCAGGACCAUCGGCUUCACAGGCAGGGCAGGCACUACCCACUAGGCCAGACCGGUCGUCAAUUACUACUAAUUACUAUACAUAGAUGUCGGCAGGAGAUUUGACAUGAAUGUAAAAUAGUGAUCAUUCGCAAAAACAUAUUCACUCAGUCAUAUGAACGAAUUUGAAUGAGUGAAUGUGAUUCAAAUUCACGAGGCUUAAGCCACUAAAAUACUUUGAACUAAUUGGGUAAACUAUCGGUGUAGUAUCAUGAUACCUAAACCGAUAGUUUAACCAAUUAGUUCAAUCACAACAAUGUGGGUAGGCUAAGCGAUAAGAUAAAUGAAUAAAAUAGUCUAUGCUCGGUAACGGUCGUUUGUAUAUCUCCUGAAAUGGCGCAGUCGGUAGGAUACGAACUUACGCUCCCAUAGGAAAUCUGCUUUCCAAGAUCUACGAACCAACAUUCUUACGAAAAACGAACCAGAAAUACGAAAUUAAUACAAAAAUAAAAAUUAAAAUAUUGAUAUAACAUGCGAUUUUUUAGAUUACGAAAAAAUAAUAGUAACUAAUUGUAAUAUUCGUGCUUUACUUCAGCUCUAGUGGCGAUACCUACUCCAUAACGCGUAGGUUUUUAUACGCUAUGUACGCGGUAGUGGAUUUUAACAUUUAUUUACUGACUUAUAAUCUAUAAACUCUUAAUCUAUCAUACUCUUUUUGCGAUCGCUAAAUAUUUUCGCUAACUAGAACAAAUCAAAUAGCCUAGAAACAAAUGAAGUGCACUUGUCUGUAUUUGUAUGUUGUGUAAUUUAACUAGGAAAUGACUUUAUCAGUCAAUAUUUGUGGCAUAUUGAUCCAUAAAAUGUAUGUUUUCUGAUUGAAAAUCCCAGAUUUAAAAUCUUUCAAAAAUUAUUAAACUGGGACUUUGUAGCAUUUAAUCUUUCCGUGAAAAUACGAUGGUAUAGGAUUAUGUAAUACAUCCGUAGUAUCUGUACCUACUACUUACCUACAUUAUGAUCAGAUUGAUAUGUGCAAAUAACGUAAUUUUAAUAGUCAAAUUUGUAUAAAUGUACCCUUUCCAUAGGCAAAAUUCUCUCGAUACCUUCAUAGUUUUAAAUUAAGUCAAACUGAGUAACAUAAAUUAGGUUAAAUGUUGUUGUCUCUUUAAUUUUCUGUGACAGAAAAAGCUAGACUUUGUUUUAGAAAUGUCAUUUUAGAGAUUUUUUUUUAUUACUUGUAUUAAUACUUAUGUUGCUAAUAAAAUAAAUGCACAAUAUACAAAUGAAAUAUUGAUAUACCAAGUACAAAUUACAAAAGAUUUUUUAAGCUAAUUUUAGUUUUGACUUAGGUAUAUUUUAUUUUUAAAGUAAAUUGUAAUGACCAGAUAAAUAAGAUAAGGCGUGGUUGUUUUAAACGCUCUACUUAUAAUUAAAAAUAUAAAUUUAUAUUCCUAAUCGUCGUUUAGCAUAACCACGUCCUAAAUCGAUGUUUUCUUUAAAUAUAUAAUUGUUUUACUUA